AUGGCUCACCGCAUCGUUACGCAAGUCGUCGUCACCGGCGCACGAGUCUUUGGUCGCGCCUUCGCGGAAGCCUACAAACAAGCCUCUGCAGCAUCCAAAUACCAAGGCAAAAACGGCAAAAGCGGCUCCGGAAACUCCUUUGCCUCCUCCGGGCUGACUCUUGACGAAGCGUGCAAGAUCCUCAAUGUCAAGCCUCCGCAAAACGGCGAGGCGAACCUGGAACAAGUAAUGGAGCGAUUCAAGAAAUUGUUCGACCUCAACGAUCCUCAGAAGGGCGGUAGCUUCUACCUGCAGAGUAAGAUCUUACGCGCUCGUGAGCGGAUAGAGAUGGAAGCUCGACAGGCCGAGCGAGCUGCCGCGCAGGAGAAGGAGCUGCGUGAAGGCUGGAAGCCAAAGGUUUACAAGGAUCGGUGA